CGCCGUCCGGAGAGCGCAUUCGACGUCGCUCUCCAGAUACGUCCUCACGCGUUGCGGCGCCAUAUCCUCGAGCUGCGCGACGAUGCUGUAGCGUGCGCGUCGCCCACGUGCUGUUACCCUGGACGAAGAACUCUCUCUCUCUCUCUCUCUUUCGAAUCUUCGCGCAAUCAAGACAUUAGUGCCGAUCGUCGUCACGACACGUGCGUCCCUUUCCACGUGAUUUGCGCCUCGAUAAUCGAUAUCCGCGCGGCUGAUCGUCGCAAGAGGAGAGAGAGAGAGACCGAGCGAGAGAAGGGUGACCAAAGAAGGGGUAGACAAAGGAAACGAGGCGGGAGAGGGAGAAAGAGUUGCAGGUAGAAGAGGGGGGGACGGAGAGAGAAGUAGGAAAAAAGCACGCGGCUCUCGGUCACCUGCGUGCCGCUUCGUCGGGACGCGUUAGAAUGUAACGAGUGCUCCGGGCGGGCAAACGUGCGGGAGAGAGCGUAAACAUGGCCGUGUAGCGAUCGGUCGAUCGGUUUGUCCGUUUGCUGGCGCGAGAGAACGCACUAAUUUCGCGUAAACAGCCGCGAGAGAGAGAGAGAGACGCGUAGCCCGCAAUGAAUCGUGCCAUCAUCGCGUAGAGAUGGUAGUGUAUUCGAGCAGUUCGAAGUAGAAGUGUUCGUUAGUGUACUGCGAGACGGAGGAAGAGAGAGAGAGAAGGGGUUCAUUCGCAAUCGAGCAGCCGCCGGUAUCGUCCAGGUUUUCCCUCCCUCCGCCUCCUUUGCUGCACCGUCGGUCGUGCGAGAAUCGCCAUUUAUAAUGGAUAUGCUACCGCAUGGAUCGCUCAUGUCGGCCAAGAUCAGCGAUAUCAUGACUUACCAUUCGUCCUUUUACUCGCCGCCGCCCACCGAAGCUUCUCGAUCGGGUUACGAUUCUAGUAGCGGCGGAGAUUCCGACAACGAGUACAGUACGCCCAUUGGUCGAGUCAGUCAAGUACAAAGUCAAGUGCAAAAUCAAGCAUCCGCUAACGGGCCGAGUCAUAGCCAAGGGAAGCAUAUAAAUAAAGGAAGAUGGACCAAAGAAGAGGACGCUCUGUUGAAACAACUGGUGAGCAACGCAGACCAGCACGGCACUGGGCUGCGGUGGGACGCUAUAGCUGGUCACUUUCCAAACCGCAGCGACGUGCAGUGCCAACAGAGAUGGGCGAAGGUCGUGAACCCGGAGUUGGUCAAGGGCCCGUGGACGAAGGAGGAAGAUGAGAAGGUGGUGGAGUUGGUGGAGAAAUACGGACCGAAGAAAUGGACGUUGAUAGCGCGACACCUGAAGGGCCGGAUCGGCAAGCAGUGCCGAGAGCGAUGGCACAAUCACCUGAACCCGGGGAUCAAGAAGACCGCGUGGACGGAGGCUGAGGACAGGAUAAUCGUCGAGGCUCACCGCAAGGUCGGCAAUCAGUGGGCCAAGAUCGCUAAAUUGUUACCAGGCAGGACUGACAAUGCGAUUAAGAAUCAUUGGAACAGCACGAUGAGGAGGAAGUACGAAGGGGAAGAGGGAAGAAGCACGAUCAAAGGUAGAGGCAAAAGGAAAAACACGGAAAGCACUGCCAUGGUGACGACCGCGUAUGUCCUGGAUGACGACAGUUGUAGCCAGAGCCGGCUGAAGGUUGCCUCGGCUAUCGGCAACUCCACGAUGACGGCGGGUGAGGCCUCACAGGCUGUCGGCAUGUGUCUGGAUUGGAAUUGGGAGCAACAGCAAACCUCGGAGUACGAGCUGCACGUGAACAAACGUACGCACGAGAAGUCCGCGCAGUCCCCGUCGAGGAGGGAGUCGUACCGAAUCAAGGACGACUCGAUCUCGCCGUUCACCACUAAAUAUUACAACUUGCACAUGCAGUGCGGAGCGUCCGAUUCGAAGAGCUCGGAGAUAAGAUUGAUGCCGAUGCCGGAUCUGGAGGAGAUAACCGAGCAAGUGGAGAAGGAGAAGAGCAGCAAGCCGCCUAUACUACGUAGACACAAGAACAACCUCGUGCAGAGAACCGAGACUCCCGAUAGCGGUAACCAGUCGGAUUACAUCGUCAUGAGUCAACAAAUGCAGCCUGGAGACAGUCCUACAACUCCCAUCAAGCAACUCCCGUUCAGUCCGUCGCAAUUCCUCAACAGCCUAAGCCCGGAAACAUCGUCCUGGCCGCGCGCAAGCACUCCCAAGGGAAGCAGUCCUGGCCCGCUCACGACUCCCCAGCCUACCGGUCUCCGACGCAGUCAGAACGACAGUAUCACUCCGCGGACACCGACUCCGUUCAAGAGAGCCAUGGCUGAGUUCGAGCUACGCAGUGGUACGACGACGCAACUGCCCGCCACUCCGAGUCGCCUGGACGCCUUGACCGAGAUAAUCAAGCAGGAGACCGACCGCGAGGGUCUGGCCGGAACGAGCACGAUUCAUCAGGAUUCGGGCUACGGGACGGUACGGAGAAUACGCGGCAAGGAGAACAGCGCUCCCGGCGGGAAACGCGCGCGCAAGGCGUUGUCUCAGGCUUGGGCGAACUCGACUCAGGACAACUCCGACACGAGUUACGUGGUGGAGACACCGAGUAAGAGUUUGGACACCUCCGUACUGUUCUCGCCUGCAUCCAUGGCUCUGGAAGACAGUUUCCUGACGGCAGGAACUAGUCCCGUAAAGACUUCCCACGACUUUACGUCCGUACAACGGAAGCCUAAUGCUAAGAGGGCGAUCACUUUCGACGCGUUCGACAGUCCCUGUAUCCUCAGCCCUCUGCCUCUCAGGCCGGUAAAACGCGCCAAGCUCCACCUGGAGGCGCAGUGGACAACGGUGGCGUGCGGUCGUACGCGCGAUCAGCUCGACAUGACCCGCGCCGCUCGACGUUUCCUGAGCAUUCACGGAUUCCUCCCGUUGCGUCCGCGUUCAUUGAACUUCUGAAAAGGGAGAGCAGAGGAAGGGAGGGAAAGGAAAAGAACAAAAAAUAGAGUGACGCGCCCUGCUCGCGCGGUCGCCCGUCGUCGUACAAAGCAAGAAGCUACAUAAUGCUAAACUAGUCGUAGGUGAAAAAUGUAAGGACGCUCCCGUUCGAGGAAAUUUAACGCGCGGCAGCGCUCGCUAUUUGGAUACAUACCGUCGUGUCUCGCGCGCUAUAUCAAUCCUCGGAGAAGAGUAAUAAAUUAUAUCGGGACGAAUUCGACGAGUUGGCCUCGACGCGCUGUUGGAUCAAUUAAUUAAAGAGAAGUCGGAAGAAAAGAAAAUAAUAAAGAGCGGGCUUCUCGGUGGCGUGCGUGUCACGCGACACGCACCUCGAGCGGCCGGUCAUGCGUUGUAGUAUACCGUCGCGAAAUUUCGGACGCGUCGAGCGCAAUUUAUCGAGUUCGUUGUAUCGACCCCCCCCCCCCC